AAGUGAGUAUUCAUAGAACCGCUUCGGUUCGGUUAUUUGAAUUGUUGAAGUUAGUUGGAUUUCUUUGCCACGAUGGUAUUAGAGAAACUAACCUAAUCUAUGAAAUGCCGCGCCCCGCCAGUUAACCUGGGCUAGUCUAUCAAUGUAAAUCCUAAAAACUCUUGCUGUUAGCAUUUGGCGGUUGAUUUCCAUGUCUCUUCCUGCUUCAUCUCAUUCAAUUUCAUGUGAUAUGUUUUUGUUUAGGUAACGAAAGUACAAUUCUUGAAAAGAUGAGAAAGCUCAAGAAACAGAAGAAAAGUAUAAAGAAAGAGGCAAGCUUUCACGAGGAACUGCCUAGGAAAGCGGCACUGAAGCAGAGAGAGUUAAUGACCAAUCUGAUUCCAACAUCAUCCAAAGCGUCCUCCAGCGAAAAGGAAUGUAGUCUGAAAACUUUGAACGAGGGUGGCAAACUGACUAAACCUCAAGUAAGGAAAAUAAAGGCCGCUACAGAGAAAAAAAUUGACCAAGAGUUGCACUCAGGUGACGACGGACUUUAUGAUGACAACAGUUCAGACCGUACUGAAGUUAUGUCAUUGAAGUCUGACUCAUCUAUUGAUGCUGCGCAGGAGGGUUCUGUGGAGCUCAAUCAAACCAAGAAGCGAUGCUUGGGCGCUUUAAAAGAGAUAUCCCAGGACAAACAGGCAUUUUGCAUAGCAAAGGAUCCGUCUGACAUGUCCAUAGGACCAUUCCUUGCUGUCCAAAAGAAUGAAGAUACGAACACCAUGCAGUUCAUAAGGAGGUCAACUCCCGAGUCAGGUAAUACAGUGAGUGUUGCAACUCAAGAAGAGCACUCCAAAGUGGCUGGUCCCCCUGCUGAUGCUGCUAUCACGUCCAAUUCUGCUGUCAUGACACCUGCUGAAGAGAAUAAUGUGCCCAAUAAGCUUCCCUCAACUGCAGUUGAAUCAGCAAGUCCGGCCAAUUCUGGGAGUCAUGGUGAUAAGAAGCAAGAUUCGACGGAUCCUAUGGAGCGCCAGGAGACACAUCCUAUUUCAAACGAAGAUAGUGAUGAUGGGCCUUCCCGUAAACUGAAGAGAAACAAGAAGAGCAGACGAAAUAAGAAGUCUAAAAGAAGUAAAAAAAAUAAGAAAAACAAGAAGAGACGAAGAAGGCAAUCUUCAAGUAGUUCUGAUUCCAGCGAUGAUUCUGAUUCAAGCAGUUCCAGUGACUCGAGUAGUUCAUCAUCAACCUCCUCUGGUUCAACUUCGGGUUCUUCGUCUUCAGACUCUUCUGACUCUCAUUGUAAGAAGCGAAAGAGACAUGACUCAGAAGAGAGCUCUGAUGAAGGAAAGAGUCAUUCAAAGAAGAAAAAGGUCACAGAGACCUCAAGAAACCUGACUGUCUAUGAUGGUACCAAUUAUGUGUGUAGUGCCACAGAUCCUGGUGUUGUACUUCUUUCCGAAACUACUGAUGGAGUAUUUGUCAAAUCUGAUCAACUUGAGUGGGCUUUAGAGAAUGCUACCUCUCCCACGCACUUCAUCAGAGCGAUGCUUGAUAAAGUCUACACCAGUGAGGCUAUUCUGAAUUGCACAGCACAGGGAUUUCCUUCUCGUGGCUUUGGUAAAAAGAAGCUCAUGAAAAUGCAAACAAAGUGCCGGUUGCACCCAGAUGGGAGGAAGGCUCUGCUUGAACGUACAACGAAACUUGAGAACGACAGAAAGACCUGGCGGCCUAGGCAGGGCCUCCCAGCAUUUAAGCAGUCUUUUGCGGGUGCUAUGUGCAGCCUCCGCAAAGCCCUUCUUAAGAAGGCAAAGAAAGAGAAGGAAUUGGCGAAGAAGAUGAAGAAGAAGAUGAAGAAGGAAAAGAAUAAGAAGUCCAGGAGGAGGAAGUAGGAGUUAUGCAUUUUU